AUGCGGGCCUGCUCCGUCCUGCGCCGCAUUGCACCCUCGGCCAAAUCCUGUUCAGACUAUUGUCAUCGCAGUGUCUUCCCCUGUACAACGCCUCUAGAAAGGAGCGCUCGGAUCGCUCGCUCAUACGCCCGUCAGUUCCAGCCCGACUCGACUCCUCGCGUGCGCUCUUACUCCACGCGGUCGCUUCCACGAGACGAAUCAAGACAGGCCUCUUCACUGUGGUCCAUUACAUUCACCAUCAUCACUGUUGGCGGAGGUGCCUGGAUCUAUAACAACUAUUUCAACUCCCCUGCGCCGAUCUCACCGGAGAUUCUUCGACCUUCUCAAUCGCAAAACGUCUCCUUCCUCGGUGUAAUCGAUACUCUGUCCACGAUGCCUAUCGAACCGGCUCCCGGUACCGUCGGGACUCUGACUCCCGAGCAGGAACUCAAGCUACAGGAAUUUUGGGUCUUGACGCUCAAGGUCUUUGGCGUCCCCGUGGAAGGUCUUGAUGCCAAGUCCGCCGAUACCACUCCCAAGAGCGAGACCGAUGGAGGCCAGGACAAAAAGAAGGCCACCUCGAGCAAGCGUCGUGGCUGGUCGCUCUUCAGCAAGGGCAACGCAGAGGAGGAGGAGGACACGAAGAGCAACCACUCGUCAUCCGCCGACGUCACGUCCAGCCUGGCCUCUAUCAGCAUCAACGAUGGUGACGACAAGCACGGGCAGUCCAAGGAGUUCCAACAAGCCCUGGUCGAGAUGCAGCCGGAAGAGAUCCGCACAGCCUUCUGGAACAUGGUGAAGCAGGAUCACCCCGAUGCGCUGUUGCUGCGAUUCCUGCGCGCGCGCAAGUGGGACGUUAAAAAGGCCCUGAUCAUGAUGAUCUCGACCAUGCGCUGGCGUCUGCAGGAGGUUCAUGUCGACGACGACAUUAUGGCCAACGGCGAGGCGGAAGCGCUGGAGCUGGCGUCGAGUGCGGAUCCCGCCAAGAAGAAGAAGGGCGAGGACUUUUUGAAGCAGAUGCGUAUGGGCAAGAGUUAUCUGCACGGUUGCGAUAAGCGCGGCCGGCCGAUCUGUGUCGUACGAGCGCGGCUGCACAAGGCCUCGGACCAAGAGGUGGACACGUUGGAACGGUUCACGGUGUAUACGAUCGAGACGGCGCGGCUUUUGCUUGCACCACCCGUGGAGACGGCGACUAUUAUCUUUGACAUGACCGGCUUCACACUAGCGAACAUGGAUUACACCCCUGUCAAGUUCAUGAUCAAAUGUUUCGAAGCCAACUAUCCCGAGUCUCUCGGUUCAGUCCUAAUCCACAAGGCACCGUGGAUUUUCUCAAGCAUCUGGAGUGUUAUCAAGGGUUGGCUCGAUCCCGUUGUCGCCGCCAAGAUUCACUUCACCAAGAAUCGUCAAGACCUGGAAGAGUUCAUUGCACCGAGUCAGAUCAUGAAGGAACUUGACGGAGACGAAAACUGGGAGUACAACUACGUCGAAGUUCAAGAGGGCGAAAAUGCCAAACUCAAGGACACCGAAACCCGCGACAAGCUGCUCUCUGAGCGUCAAGUCCUCGCCAAGGACAUUCAAGACGUCACCAUGGAGUGGCUGCGCGCCAGCUCCCACAAGGAUACCAGUGCUAUCGCGGCCGUCAAGGGGAAGCGCGAUGAUCUGAUUGCGCAGCUGCGUGAGCAAUACUGGGUUCUGGAUCCGUACAUUCGUGCUCGGUCGCUGUACGACCGACUCGAUAUUGUCCAAGGUGAUGGCAAGAUUGAGUUUUACCCUGAAAGUGUAAAGAACGGCCGUGGUAAUGCUGCUGCGGAAACCCCUUCCGCUUGA